UCACUGGUCGGUAGUUGAUAGUACACCGCGGGAGAUCGGCGUGUACGCACGUCGUGCCCUAUACUAUUUAUACAAUGGUCGGCUUCAAGUUAUUUUUGUUAUGUUGCCUCGCCGUCUCGGUACAUUGUCAAGCAUCUAAUCCUAUUGUUAGGAUUAACAAUGGGGUAUUACAAGGGACGUGGAGAGUGUCAACAAAUGGGAGAACUUACGCUAGCUUUCAGGGAGUGCCGUACGCGAGACCACCUGUCGGCAAAUACAGAUUUCGUGAACCGCAACAGUUGAAGCCAUGGAUCGGCACAUGGGAUGCAAGCAGAGUGCUCUCGCCGUGUUUACAGUACGAGCCCAUAAUGAAGACUGUCCUGGGCAGCGAGAAUUGUCUUUUUGUGAACGUGUUCACCCCCAAACUGACUCCGGGGGUGAAUCUGCCGGUGGUUGUGUUCAUCCAUGGCGGCGCGUUCAUGUACGGCUCGGGUGGUAUUUAUGAUCCGUCGCAUCUUAUGGACAGAGAUGUGGUCGUGGUUACAUUUAAUUAUAGGCUGGGUCCUUUGGGUUUCCUAAGUACUGGAGAUGAGUUCGCCGCAGGCAAUGCUGGGUUGAAAGACCAGUCUUUCGCGCUUCGCUGGAUACAGAACAACAUUAUGUUGUUUGGCGGGAACCCUGACAGUGUGACACUCACCGGGUGCUCCGCUGGUGGCGCUAGUGUGCACUACCAUUACCUCUCUCCAUUAUCCAAAGGUACAUUCAAUAGGGGCAUCGCUUUCAGUGGCUCAGCAUUCGCGUCCUGGACUCAUGCAGUGAAACCAGUUCAAAAAGCUAAAGCACUGGCCGCUAUUGUUGGCUGCCCUACAGCAACCACGCGGGAGCUGGUCGACUGCCUCAAGUACAGGCCCGCUGAAGUUAUUGUCAACGCACAAAUCGAGAUGAUGGAAUGGAAAGUACACUAUUUCACCCCGUUCACCCCUACGGCGGAGGCGUCCACAGUACGGAAUCCGUUCCUCACUCAGUACCCAUACCAGGCCGCUCAGGUCGGAGCCAUGCAACGUCUGCCUCUCAUCACAUCGGUCACUUCCGAAGAGGGACUCUACCCUGCAGCUGCUUAUCAAACGGACCCUAAUCUUCUUGUGGAAUUGGAGAACCGGUGGGAUCAACUGACCAGUAAUAUUUUCGAAUAUAACGAUACCCUACCGAUCAACCUCCGAGCAAACGUAGCUGCCAAGAUUAAACAACAUUACCUUGGAGGGAAACCAGUAACACAGGACACUUUUCCGCAGUUGGUUCAGGCUCUGGGAGAUCGCCUCUUCGUAGCGGAUGUGGGUCGACUUGCUGAACUGCACGCAUUGAGAUCCGGUCAACCUGUAUAUGUGUAUCGGUAUACUCAUCGGGGAUCUACAAGUCUGUCCAAGAUUAUGGCUGAGAACGACGAUAAUUACGGUGUAAGCCAUGCCGACGAUGUGUUCCAUAUAUUCGGAUUCCCUGGACUGCCAUUGGAUUCAACUGAAGACAAGAAGAUGCGUGAGGCUUUAAUCGAUAUGGUCUACACGUAUUCCACAACAGGCACACCGAAACCUACCAACAGUGCUCCAGCAUGGCUCCCUCUUACACCAGGAUCUCCAGAAUUAAACUACUUGGAAAUAUCUUCCCCUAACACCUUCCAGAUGAAAUCUAGCAGUGACUUCGGGCAAAGGUCCUUCUGGGACAAUCUUGGGUUUCUAGAGAAUGAUAAAUACCAAGUUUAUAUCAGAGACGAACUGUAAAUGUAAUAAUCGAAAAGAAACAUAUGGACUGAUUAAAUCUCUUAUAGGGUCAACAUGAAUUGUCAAUAUUUUAGUACUCUGUCACAAUAAUAAUUUAUUGGUAAUAUGCAAAAAUGUUUUUAGUUGCUAUACAUGCUACUAUGACAAAGUACUAACGUUAUAAUAUAUUGCAUACAUACUAUUGCUGUGACUGUACUUAGAGCUGUACGUUACUUUAUACACAUAUCAAAAUUGUUUUUAUAAAUAUUAUUAUAUACUUAGUUGAACUAUAGUUAUAGUUGGAAGGCACGUUCGCUAUCUUUUUUUAUUUUGGAAUAAUAUUAACCAAAUUCGUUUACCAUUUUAUGAAUGUUAAAUUUAAAUAAACUUUUAUUAAAAAAAUUAGUUUAUAUCAGAGUUUUUAAUAUCCUAAAUCCUACAGUAUUCAACUACUGGAGAGAUUGCUUAAGCGAUGAGUCUUUUGUAGCAUCAUACUCUAUUAAUUUUGUUCCUUGUAUGUGAUUCAUUUCCUUUCGGUGCAAUAAAGAGAAAUAAAUAAAAAAAACUGUUCUAAGUUUAACCAUUAGUGGGGCAACAGUUGAGGUUG